GAAGAAAGACAAAAACGGAAAAGCAAAUCGGCUUUUGUUAGCAGUUUUAUGCUUAAAGUUUGACAACCUUGAAUGUUUCAAUUUCUUCGCGCUACCCAAAUGCGGGACCGUCACAUUGGCAACACAGACGUUAGAGAGACCUGUGCAUUGAGAGGAAGGUCAAAUUUUAUUAUUUUCUUCCCUCUAUUGAAGGAUAAUGUCCUUUUCGCUAUAUGGAAAUCUCCCACCGGCAAAAACAGAAAAGGGGGCCGAUGACAAGAAAGAAACAACCUCUACAACUUCCAACGUAAGCAGUCUAUAUUCCUCUCUUCCACCGCCAGAUACAAGCUCCAUCACUCCUAGUGAUGCGACCAUUUCAAAAGAACAGCCAACAACAGCCAAUACGAGCGAGCAAAUGGCAUCUAGUACAACAACCACUACACCGACAGGUUGGUCAGCAGUGAAUAAAUUUAGACCAGUAUUACGAAGGCCAACUAUUCAGGCCAAGCCAAAGUUGAAUAAGCCUUUCAUCCCUGCUGGUGCAACAGUUGUAUAUGAAAAAACUGUUACAAAGGAAGAGAAAGAGUUGGAGCAGACAAAUAAGGCUGCUGCUGCUGAUAACAAUCAACAACAGCCGAUAGGACAAACAUCAGCAGCAGGAGCAGCAAAAGCUGACACUAUAGCGGACAAUAUCGAUCUAGGUGCUGUUCCUACGUUGAUAACCACUGCAGAUGACGUGAAUGGUUUUCGAGCUCUACAACAGCAAAAAAAGAAAAAAGGGAAGAAAGGCAAAGGUGGUCAACAGCAGCAGCAGCAGCAAGCUCCAGUAUUCAAUAUGUUAGAGGAUUAUGAUCCCAACAGACCGAACGACUACGAGCAAUACAAAGAAGAACGCAAACAGGCGAAAGAGAUGCAAAAGAGAAAACGAGAAUGGGAGAGAAGACAGCGCGAAGAGGAAGAGCAACAACGAGCUUUAGACUAUAGAACGCAGAGUCGCUCUUGGUCAAGAUCCAGAUCACGAUCCCGAUCGACGUCUAGAUCGAGAUCCGGAACACCGCCAUACCACCGUCGUUCGCAUUCGAGGUCAUAUUCAAGGUCAAGAUCGAGGUCUCGUUCAGGCUCUCGCUCGCCUUAUCAUCAUCGAUCACCGUCACCUCCCGCUGAUUCGAAUCCAUUAGUGUCAGCACCUGCGAAAAUUAAUGUGAAUGAAACUGCUGAAGAAGCCUAUAUGCGAAGAUUAAGAAUGAGCCAGCAACAAUCACAACCAGCAGCACCACCAUCACAAUUACCAUCUAUACCCACAGAACAAAGUAUAAGAGAGCCACAUCCAGCGCAUGAUAUUGCUCGAAAGCUGUUAGCCAAGCAUGGAUUUGCGGAAGAAGGGAAUAACAGCAAAGCUACUCGAGUCAUUUUACUCACAAAUAUGGUUGGUCCUGGAGAAGUGGAUGAUAUGUUACAAGAAGAAACAGCUGAUGAAUGCUCCAAAUAUGGUAAAGUGGAACGCUGCUUGAUUUUUGAGGUGCCUAAAGGGCAAAUACCAGAUGACCGUGCUGUUCGAAUCUUUGUUCAAUUUUCGGAUACUGAAGCGGCCCAGAGAGCGAUAAAUGAUUUAAAUGGAAGAUACUUCGGUGGACGAGUGGUCACUGCCACCUUUUUUGACGAUGAAAGAUUUAAUAGCUUGAAUUUAGCCCCUACAAAAGAAGAGUUAGGCCUUUGAUACACAAUAUUUGUCACAAAGUAAAUAGAGUUCGUAUUAUUACUAUAUCAGCAAUAACGUUAGUUCACAUGUCUGACUAUAUUGAGAGCUGGGGAGCGACUGCAGAGUUUCUGAAUGCCAAAGAGCAUAAAUAAAGACUUUCUAUUAUCUGCAAAAAGCAUAGCCAUUUCUUGUGCUUUUAAGCUCUACCAUUACUGCUUUUUUUUAUAUAAAGGUCAUAUCAAGCUCAAGAGCUCGUUUAUAGAACAUAGACCAUUGAGUAUCCGACUUAGGGAUGUAGUCCAACUUAAUUCUAGCGUAUGGCUGAUGUCCAUCCCAAAAAUAUCCCCUGAUGUAUUUCUACGAUGCAUAGACCAACUUUCACCGUUACGGCUAGGUAAUUUGAGCAUCUACUGAAAUACGCG